AUGGGCUUCUUCGACGUGGAAGGUGGCUCGACCAUUACGGGUGUCUCCCGUAAGAGCUCGCGUCAUUCCUCCUCCAAGCACCACAGCAGCGGCCACCAUGAACGGGAGCGCGACCGCGAGCGCGGCUACGAGAGAAAGCGCAGCCGCAGCCGCAGCGGCACCCGGUCCGUCAACAUCUCCGCGCGCAGCUUCUUUGGUCUCGACGACGGCAAGAAGCACCACGGCAGCAGCAGCCAUCACCACCACGGCGGCAACAGAUCGACCGGCAGCUUCUUCAGCCUGCCCAAUGUCAGCAGCCGCUCCAUCUUUGGCUCCUUUGGCCGCAACGGCCUCGGCGGCUCCUCGUCGUCCUACUAUCGCCGCUCGCCGCGGUCCAACUUCAUGCAGCGCGCCUACAAGAAGCUCAAGCGCCUCCUCCGCGACCUCAUCUACUACGCCAAGAAGCACCCGAUGCGCGUCUUUAUGCUCGCCAUCAUGCCCCUCAUUACCGGCGGCGCCCUGACGGCACUGCUCGCCCGCUUCGGCCUGCGCAUGCCGCAGUCGCUCGAGCGCAUGCUCGGCGUCGGAGCCCGCGCCAUGUCCGGCGACUCGGCCGGCCUGGUCGGCGAGGCCAUGCGCAUGGCGGCUGUGGCCGGCACCGGGACCGCUGGAGCCAGGGCCAUGGCCACGAGCCUCGAGCGCGGCCGGCACGGCAACAUGCAGUGGGAGCGCCGGAGCGUGGAGCGGGAUUACUUUGGUGGCGGUGGCAGCCUCGGCGGCCGCAGCCAUAGCGACAGUGGCAGCGGCUGGGGUGGCAGUCUGGCAGGCAUCGCGAAAAUGUUCUCAUAG